GCCUCGGGACCGAGACGAUGCGUGCGCUCCGCGACCGAGCCGGGCUGCUCCUCUGCGUGCUGCUGCUGGCGGCGCUGCUGGCCGUGGCGCCAGGGCUCCCCGUGAGCAAGCCGCGGCGCCACGGACCCGGGCCUGGGAGCCGCACGAGGCUGGCGGAGGCCUCAGCCUCCCCAGAUCCUAGGCCUCUGAGGGAAGAGGAGGAGGCACCACUGCUCCCCAGAACCCGCCUGCAGGCAGAGCCACACCAACAUGGACACCGGACUGUCACUGAGCCAGCAGCCCUGACCCCAGGCAAUGCCACCCCUCCCAGGACCCCGGAGGUUACUCCCUUGCUGCUGGAGCUGCAGACGCUGCCGGGAUUGGUCAACACAACCUUGAGUACCCCUAACCCUGAUAUCCAGGUGACCAUCGAGGUGGUGGAGGAUCCCCAGGCCGAGGUGGAGAUAGACCUGUUAGCUGAGCCCAGCGAUCCCCCGCCCAAGGAUACCCUUAGCUGGCUGCCCGACCUCUGGUCCUUCCUCUGGGGAGACUACAAAGGAGAUGAAAAAGACAGAGCCCCGGGGGAGAAGGGGGAGCAAAAGGAGGAAGACGAGGAUUAUCCUUCAGAGGAAAUCGAGGGUGAGGACCAAGAGGACAAAGAGGAAGAUGAGGAAGAGGAGGCGCUCUGGUUCAAUGGAACUACAGACAACGGGGAGCAGGGCUGGCUGGCCCCCAGGGAUUUGGUCCUCAAGGAUUUUGUCAGCUACGACUAUGAGCCUCAGGAGGAGUGGAGUCCCUGGUCUCCCUGCAGUGGGAACCGCAGCAUUGGCAACCAGCACAGGACUCGGCCCUGUGGCUAUGGCUGCGCUGCCACCGAGACCCGUACCUGUGACCUGCCCAAAUGUCCUGGCACUGAGGACAAGGACACCUUGGGCCUCCGCAUUGGGGAGUGGCAGCUCCUAACCGGCAAUGCUACAGACAUGCCUGACCAAGAUGUGGACAACUGUGAGAAGUGGCUGAACUGCAAGAGCGACUUCCUAACCAAGUACCUGAGCCAGAUGCUGCGGGACCUGCCCAGCUGCCCAUGUGCCUACCCACUGGAGGCCAUGAACAGCCCUGUGAGCCUGCAGGACGAGCGUCAGGGCCGCAGCUUCCGGUGGAGGGACGCCAGCGGCCCUCGUGAGCGCCUGGACAUCUACCAGCCCACGGCGCGCUUCUGCCUGCGCUCCAUGCUGUCUGGGGAGAGCAGCACGCUGGCCACCCAGCACUGCUGCUAUGAUGACGACAGCCGGCUGCUGACCCGUGGCAAGGGCGCCGGCAUGCCCAACCUCAUCAGUACCGACCUCUCACCUGAGCUGCACUUCAAGCUGGAUAGGAUGCCCUGGAUCCUGUGCAAGGGGGACUGGAGCCGCCUCCACGCUAUGCUCCCCCCCAACAACGGCCGGGCCUGCACCAGCAACCCCCCGGAGGAGGAGUACCUGGCACAGUUGCAGGAGGCCAAGGAGUACUAGUAACGGGGCUGCUGAACAGACAUUGCAGGGAGAGGGCAGGCGGCUGCUGCUGUUGCACGGGAGAACUUUCCUGGGAGGGCCCUCACCCCGCCCCUGCCCAGACAGGCUGAGGAAAGGGCUCCCUCAGCGAGGUUGGUCCGAGGCUGCGUGCCUUCUGCAAGUGACCCCGAGGCAGAUAUCUCAGUGGGGUUAGUGAGAAGGUUGAAGGGUGGGUGUCCCUGGGAGUCCUGGAAAUGUGCAUACGUGCCUGUGUCUGCUGGGGCCUCCCUCUGCUGCCUGCUGGGAGCCUGGCCACUCAUUUUUCUCCUCCUUGGGAGCUGGACUCUUCUGCCCUGGCUCUGCACAUAGGUGUUAGCCAGCAGCUCCAGAAACAUCCCGAUUCCCGCGAUCUGCCAUGAGUGUCUCACACCCGCCCCUGGUGGCCAGCAGAGGAA